AGGAAAUUUUGUUGAUAGAAGAUAGUAGUGCGCCAUGUUUCUCACGCGUUCCGAGUAUGACCGUGGUGUGAAUACCUUCUCGCCAGAAGGCCGGCUUUUCCAGGUCGAAUAUGCUAUCGAAGCUAUCAAACUUGGCUCAACAGCAAUAGGAAUCCAAACGAAUGAAAGUGUGAUCUUGGCUGUUGAGAAGCGCAUCACAUCUUCACUCAUGGAGCCAACGACAAUCGAGAAAGUUGUGGAAAUCGACAAGCACAUUGGUUGCGCUGUAAGCGGUCUCACUGCAGACGCUCGUACCAUGAUAGAAGAAGCGAGGUUAGUUGCACAGAACCAUUGGUUCGUGUACAACGAGAACAUGACUGUGGAAAGUGUGGCGCAGUCUGUUUCGAACCUCGCGAUCCUCUUCGGCAACUCUGACGACGACUCGGGAAUGGCCAUGAGUCGGCCGUACGGCGUCGCCAUCCUUUUCGCCGGGAUCGACGAGAAAGGCCCCCAGUUGUAUCACCUUGAUCCGUCCGGAACAUUUGUCCAGUACAACGCGAAAGCCAUUGGUUCUGGUUCUGAAGGCGCUCAACAGAGUUUGAAAGAAGCCUACCACAAGUCGAUGACCAGAGGCGAAGCUUUGAAACAGGCGCUGUCAAUCCUCAAGCAAGUUAUGGAGGAAAAGCUUAGUUCUACCAACGUUGAAGUUGGAGAAGUUGGCCGCGACAAGGAAUUCCAUCUUUUAACAAAAGAAGAAGUUGAAGAGAUCAUCAAGGACAUCUGAGAAGUACUAUUGAAUUCCGAGCCCCAUUUUUUCGUGUCCCCCGCAAGUUGAAGGGCAGUUCCGUUCUCACUUAUUCUGAUGUCUGAAUGAAGUCCAGCUUUGCCCUGA